CAUGGAGGAAAAGAACAUCCAGGUCUCUCUGGAGUCUAAACUGAAGAGAAAAAAGCAGCUAAUGGCCAGCAGAUCCAACAGACUGAGACGGUUUGGUGAUCACAUGCCAGAAUUGUUGGAGUCCAUCGACAAAGCCUUCGCUCAGGGCCGAUUCAUCAAGAAACCUGUAGGACCAAUAGGCGCAUGCAUCAGCCUAAAGGAUCCCAGUUUAGUCGUGGCUGUGGAGAGUUGCUUACGAGGUUUCUUUAAAACCUUUUGCUGUGAUAAUUACAGGGACGAAAAAGUCCUGCAAGGACUGAUGUCGUCAUACUUCCCCAAAGGCAGCAGGCCUCCGAUUAUGGUGUGUCCAUUCACAGACAGAGUUUAUAACCUGCAAGGCCGUGGAGUCCAUCAUCCUGAGUUUCCAUCUGUGCUGGACUGCCUCAAUAUCGAGAACCCGGUGAUAACAAACUGCCUCAUUGACAUGAGGAGCAUUGAGAGCAUUCUGAUUAUCAAA